AAAUAAAACCGCGGCGGCGUUACUCUCGGGGGUUGCGGCCUCACGGUUUGGUUCCUGGUGCCUGGGUCGCAAGGCCUUGAGGAGCUUUUCCAGGUGUCCUGAGAAGGUCCGGGGCGCCCAGGGCAUUCCGAGGUUACCCCGCCCGGCGCCAUGUCCUGGAUGUUCAAGAGGGAUCCUGUUUGGAAGUAUUUGCAGCCUGUCCAGAAUGGAGACCAUGGAAAUUUUCCAAGACUUUCAUACCCAACUUUCUUUCCACGUUUUGAAUUCCAAGACGUUAUCCCUCCAGAUGACUUCCCAACUGGUGAUGAAGAGCUAGAUUCCAUUUUAUUUGGAACUUUGAGAGGUCAAGUUGUUGGACUACGCUAUUACACAGGAGUAGUAAAUAAUAAUGAAAUGGUUUCUUUACAACGAGAGCCUAAUAAUCCCUAUGAUAAGAAUGCAAUUAAAGUAAAUAAUGUGAAUGGAAAUCAGGUUGGCCAUUUAAAGAGAGAUCUUGCAGCUGCCUUGGCCUAUAUCAUGGACAACAAAUUGGCACAAGUGGAAGGGGUAGUUCCUUUUGGUGCAAAUAAUGCUUUUACCAUGCCACUUCAUAUGACUUUUUGGGGAAAAGAAGAAAAUAGAAAAGUGGUUUUAGAUCAGUUGAAGAAACAUGGAUUUAAAUUGAGUCCAACACCAAAAACUCUAGGAUUGAGUUUGGAGAAUAAUUGGGGCUCUAGAAGAGCUGGACCAAGCUAUACUAUGCCAGGUCAUGUUACAGUACAGAUGACAACUGAACAGCUCAAAAUGGAAUUUGACAAAUUAUUUGAAGAUUUAAAAGAAGAUGGUAAAACUAAUGAAAUGGAACCAGCUGAGGGUAUUGAAACCCCAUUGCUUCCACACCAAAAACAAGCUCUGGCUUGGAUGAUUUCACGAGAGAACAGCAAAGAGCUUCCUCCAUUCUGGGAACAGCGAAAUGACUUAUAUUAUAACACAAUAACAAAUUUUUGUGAGAAGGAACGACCAGAAAAUGUCCAUGGAGGAAUUUUAGCUGAUGAUAUGGGUUUGGGCAAAACUCUUACUGCCAUUGCAGUAAUUCUUACCAACUUUGCUGAUGGCAAGCCUCUUCUCAGUAAAAGAAGCAAGAAGAAUCAACCAAGAAAGGAAUACAAGGAGGAGACUGGUAAACUCAGAGGGAGUAAUUCUGACAAAGAGGCAGAUGGACUAAGCGCAGAGCCAUCCAGAUAUAGUGAAGAACCUGGUGUUUCAGAUAUUCAGAAGAAUAAGUAUCCCAUGUUGGAAUUGUCUAGUUUCUGCCCUAAAAGAAGAAAAAUUGCUGUUCAGUACAUUGAAAGCAGUGAUUCAGAGGAAAUUGAAACUAGUGAACCUCCACAGAAAAUGAAAGGCAAGCUGAAAAAUGCACAGUCAGAUACUAAAAAUAGAGUAAAAGGAUCAUCUAAGGUUAAAGAAGAUACAAAAUUUGCUCAUGCACUUACUUUAUCUGCCCUUGCAACAAAGAAGAAAAUGUUGAAAAAGGGGGUAUCUGUGGUGGAGCGCUCAAAAAAAUGUAACACUGGAGAGAGGACAAGAACAAUGCUGAUCAUCUGUCCACUUUCUGUGAUGAGCAAUUGGAUUGAACAAUUUGGACAACAUAUAAAAUCAGAAGUGCACUUGAAUUUUUAUGUUUAUUAUGGUCCUGAUCGUAUUAGAGAACCAACCUUCCUUUCAAAACAGGAUAUUGUUUUGACUACUUAUAAUAUUUUAACUCAUGAUUAUGGAAAUAAAGAUGACAGUACAUUGCAUAGCAUAAAAUGGCUAAGAGUGAUCCUGGAUGAAGGACAUGCCAUACGAAAUCCAAAUGCUCAGCAGACAAAAGCUGUACUUGACUUAGAGGCAGAAAGAAGAUGGGUAUUGACAGGUACUCCUAUCCAGAAUUCUUUAAAGGACUUGUGGUCUCUUCUGUCCUUUUUAAAACUUAAACCAUUUAUUGAUAGAGAAUGGUGGCAUAGAACAAUACAGCGUCCUGUUACAAUGGGAGAUGAGGGAGGACUUAGGCGUUUACAGUCCUUAAUUAAAAAUAUCACACUUCGAAGAACAAAGACAAGCAAAAUUAAAGGGAAACCUGUUUUGGAGUUACCAGAAAGGAAAGUAUUUAUUCAGCACAUUACACUUUCAGAAGAAGAGAGAAAGAUUUAUCAGUCUGUUAAAAAUGAAGGCAAAGCUACCAUUGGAAGGUAUUUUACUGAAGGGACUGUUCUUGCACACUAUGCAGAUGUUUUGGGUCUUCUGCUUAGAUUGCGGCAGAUUUGUUGUCAUACUCAUCUUCUUACAAAUGGAAUGUCUUCGAGUGGUCUUCCCGGAAAUAAUACACCUGAAGAACUGAGAAAGGCAUUAAUAAAGAAGAUGAAGUUAAUUCUGAGCUCUGGUUCAGAUGAAGAAUGCGCAGUUUGCCUGGAUUCAUUAACAGUUCCUGUGAUAACACAUUGUGCACAUGUUUUUUGUAAACCUUGUAUUUGCCAGGUCAUUCAAAGUGAGCAGCCACAUGCUAAAUGCCCUUUAUGCAGAAAUAAUAUACAUGGAGAUAAUUUAUUAGAAUGUCCUCCAGAAGAAUUGGCAUGUGACAAUGAGAAAAAGUCCAAUAUGGAAUGGACAUCCAGUUCAAAGAUUAAUGCUCUAAUGCAUGCUUUGAUUGAAUUAAGGACAAAGAACCCCAACAUAAAAAGUUUAGUUGUUUCUCAGUUUACCACAUUCCUGUCUUUAAUAGAAACACCACUUAAAGCCUCGGGAUUCGUGUUUACUCGUUUAGAUGGUUCCAUGGCUCAAAAGAAAAGAGUUGAAUCAAUUCAAUGUUUUCAAAACACAGAAGCAGGAUCUCCUACUAUAAUGUUACUGUCCUUAAAAGCAGGUGGAGUUGGCUUGAAUCUUUGUGCAGCUUCUCGAGUGUUCUUAAUGGAUCCAUCCCCAGGGAACUAAGAAGAAAAUGACAGCCUAAGUAUGAAAUCAUCUGCAUAUGAAUUAUGAUUGUUUCUAUUUUCAGAUAGUACUUGCUGUGUAAAUGUACUGUUACCCCAAAAUACUGUUUUCAGGUUUGUAUGUUGUGUAUAUGUUUUAGUGUGUACCUGUACAAGCGAGUAUGUAGACCAGAGAAUGACGUUGGCUGUCUUUUUCUAUUGCUCUCCAUGUUACUCCAUCAAGACAGGAUCUGUCAUUGAACCUGAAGCUCACCAUUUUGUCCAGGCUUGCUGGCCAGUGAAAUCGUAGAAUCCUCUUGUCUCUGUUCCCCAAAACUGAUACAAGCACAUGGAGCCAUGCCCAGAUUCUCUGUGGAUGCUGGGGAUUUCAAACCCAGGUCCUCAUGUUUCCGUAGCAAAUUCUAUACCACUGAGCCACUCCUAGCUCUUGCUUUCAUUUUUAAGAAUCUUCAAAUUUAACUUUUUUGUAACUUUUAUUAUUUAUUUAUGUGUAUGUAUCUGCAGUGUUUAUAGCAGGUGCCUGAGGAAUCUAGGCAGAAAGCUUCACAUACCCUGGAGCUGGAGUUACUGGUGAUUUGGAAAUGCUUGAAUGGGGAGCUGAGAACUGCAUUCCAAUCCUCUGAAAGAGCAGCAUGCACUUUAACCAUUGAACCAUCUCUCCAGCCCCCAAAUUUAAUCUUUUUAUUUUGAGAUAGGGUGGAGCUUGCUAAAUAGGACUUGAAUUCAUAGGGAUCUGCAUGCCUCUGCCUCUAGAAUGCCACUGUGAGGAGCAAUGUACUGGUUACCUUGACAGCAGUUUCUUAUUUUGAGAUUAUAAUGUAGCUAUACUAUUACUCCCUUCCCUUUCCUCCCUCUAAACCUUCUCAUCAUGUGCCUUGCUCUCUUUUAAAUUCAUGGCCUAUUUCAUUAAUUG